CGCGCGUCUCUCGCACGCACCCUUUAAGACUCCACCAAGGAUGAGCGCUUUCACCAUGGCCGCCUCCGCCGUCGGCGUGAAGGUCACCACCACCGCGAAGCGCGCCUCCGCGAAGCGCGCCACCGCGAAGGCGUCCUCCUCCGCGUUCUCCGCGCGCAAGGCUUCCCUCAACGGCGUCUCCCUCGCCGCCUUCGCGGCGCCGUCCGUCGCCGCCUCCAAGUCGUCCCAGAUCCGCGCGCUUCGCUCCGCGGUCUUCGCCGCCGCGAAGGCGGACCGCUCCAAGGCGGACGACCCGGACGCGGGCAAGGGCCAGCGCGUCAUGAUCAUCGGCGGCGACGGGUACUGCGGCUGGGCGACCGCGCUUCACCUCAGCAACCGCGGCUACGAGGUAUGCAUCGUCGACAACCUCUGCCGCCGCGGCAUGGACGACUCCCUCGGGUUCAACUCCCUGACCCCGAUCCGGGGCAUCCACGAGCGCGUGCGGAAGUGGAAGGAAGUCUCCGGGAAGGACAUCGAGCUCUUCAUCGGCGACGUGUGCGACUACGAGUUCCUCAGCGCGACGUUCAAGAAGUUCGAGCCCACCGCCGCGGUGCACUUUGGCGAGCAGCGCUCCGCGCCCUACUCCAUGAUGGACCGCACCAAGGCGGUCUUCACGCAGACGAACAACGUCAUGGGCAACAUCAACCUCAUGUACGCGAUCAAGGAGUUCGCGCCGGACUGCCACCUCAUCAAGCUCGGCACGAUGGGCGAGUACGGGACGCCGAACAUCGACAUCGAAGAGGGGUACCUCACCGUGGAGCACAACGGUCGGACGGACACACUGCCGUACCCGAAGCAGGGCAACUCGUUCUACCACCUCUCGAAGUGCCACGACAGCACGAACAUGAUCUUCUGCACGAAGGCGUGGCAGAUGCGCACGACGGACCUGAACCAGGGCGUCGUGUACGGCGUCGCGACGGAGGAGACGAUGAUGGACCCGGCGCUCAUCAACCGCCUCGACUACGACGCCGUCUUCGGCACGGCGCUGAACCGAUUCUGCAUCCAGGCCGCGGUCGGGCACCCGAUGACGGUGUACGGCAAGGGCGGCCAGACGCGCGGGUUCCUCGACAUCCGCGACACCGUGCGGUGCAUCCAGAUCGCGUGCGAUAACCCCGCGGACAAGGGCGAGAUGCGGAUUUACAACCAGUUCACGGAGCAGUUCAGCGUGAACGAGCUCGCGGCGCUCAUCACCGAGGCGGGGAAGAAGAUCGGCCUGGACCCGCAGGUCAUCAACGUCCCGAACCCGAGGACGGAGAUGGAGGAGCACUACUACAACGCGAAGAACUCCAAGCUGCAAGACCUCGGCCUCGAGCCGCACCUGAUGUCCGACGCGCUCAUGGACUCGCUUCUUAAGAUUAUCAUCGAGUACAAGGACCGCGUGGACAAGUCGCUGAUCCUCCCGGGCGUGAACUGGACCGAGUCCGCGUCCGUGGGGCAGCAGCUCGAGAAGGCCGAGAAGGUGAAGGCGUGAGCGUGAUGAUUAAACGGAACGGAACAGCAGGCAGCGCGAGUGGUGUGAAGCGGGCGGGCGAACGACGUCGACGUCGUGUAAAAGAAGAGGAGGAAGAAAGAGAAGAAGAAGCGUCGACGCGCGACCGGGGAAAUAUGAUUUUUUAAUAGCGACGCGAAGCACAUCGAACCGAACGCGCGCCUCGACGACACGACGCGCGCGUCCGCGAGACGACGAACGACGAAACGAGCGAACGAUACGAUCGAUCGGUUAGAUUCGUUUGAUUGAUUCAUCACAGAGUCUUUGAUU